UCUCUAAUGGCUUCCGUAGAAGAUCAACACAACAACCAAGUCUACAACGAUGACGAUCUCGAUGAUGACGUUGUUGACGAAGAAGAUGAUGACGUCGACGUCGAUGAUGAUGACGAUGAGGAUUCCACUUCCUCUCUUCCUGCUCCUACUCCUGCUCCUGUUGAUCAACAAACGGUUACUAUAGCCGUUGUUGGUGUCCCUGCGCAGCGGAUCAACGAAUUCGCCGCCGUUACUCCGCCUCCGACUGCCGCUACGAUUGUGGAAGAAAAAAAGCCGUCAGCUAUCGAUGACUCUCGUAAGCUUUUUCAACGGCUGUGGACGGAUGAAGAUGAGAUUGAAUUGUUACAAGGGUUUCUGGAAUACACGACACAGCGAGGUGGAAUAAAUUCGUCGUCGCAUCAUCAUGAUACGACUGCGUUUUAUGACCAGAUCAAAAGCAAGUUACAGCUGGAUUUCAACAAAAAUCAGCUAGUAGAGAAGCUGAGGAGGUUGAAGAAGAAAUAUCGGAAUGUAAUGAGCAAAAUGGCAUCUGGUAAAGACUUUGUCUUUAAAAGCUCUCAUGAUCAAGCUACUUUCGAAAUCUCUCGAAAAAUCUGGAGCAAUGCGGUCCCCAUUGUCGUCCGCGGCGGCGGUUCUGCAGCACCACCACCACCAGAAGAUGGCGGAUUUGACGAUGAGGAUUCUCACCUUAACCUUAACGCUAAUUUCGUUGACCACAGCCAUAACGGAAUUGACAUUAAAACUCCUAGGUCGAGGAAAAGGUCUAGAGGAGGAGCAGUUAAAGUUGAAGAAAAACACGGUUUUAUUCAACACUACUAUCUGCCAUCUCCAUCUGGUGGAGGGACAAAUAUGUCCUCUCCCGCACCCGCACCUGCACCUGCACCAGGGUUCACUCCCUUUCCAAUGGCAGCCCCUCAGGCCACGGCCCCUCCCACGACCACAGCUGCAGUAGCAGCAUCAGCUGCUGCUUCAAUACCUAGUUUGAUCGAGGAAACAGUGAGGAGCUGUUUAUCACCCAUUUUCAAGGAGUUGUUAAACAAUGUGACUAAUUUGAGUGGAUCGAGAAGUUUUGGGUUUGGAAUGGCAUUGAGUCCAAUCCCUUUAGGAUUUGGCAGCAGCGGUGCAAUGAACUCUGAUAUGAUGGCUGACGAGAAAUGGAGGAAGCAACAAAUGCUAGAAUUGGAAGUUUAUUCGAGGAGAUUAGAGCUUGUUCAAGAUCAAAUAAAAGCACAGUUGGAGGAACUGAGAUCCAUGAGCACUUAGACGAUGGCCAAAGAUGGUGGUUCCUUUUUAUUUAUACUCUUUAAAUAAUUGUAGUUGAUGAUAUUACCAGAUUGCUGAAGAAAAUAGCUAAUUGUUCUAGUUAGAUAAUUGUGAAGGCCUGUUAGAUAUUUAACUUUUGGUGGUUGAAUAAUUGAGUUCUAUUUUUCUCUGUUCUUUGACAGGCUGCUUGUUUUCAAACUUAGUGCACAUAGAUGCACGACUCUUUGUAUAUGGGAAUGGAUUAAUAGAGGCCACUUGUUGAGUUAAUCUCGAUUCUUGAUCUCUCUGUUUAAAGUAUA